AUGGAAAAGCAGAGGAAUAUGCGGAAAGCUGGUGGUAGUUCGUCGUUGCAUACCAGGUUAGUCAAUGUGACUCAACAGAAGGAUCCGUAUGGUGCGAGUGUUCCUCCAUUGUAUCAGUCGACGACCUUUAAGCAGGAGUCCUUUGAGCCAGGAUGUCAGGAAUAUGACUAUACACGAUCGGGUAAUCCCACACGGAGUGUGGUUGAGAGACAAGUUGGGAAGUUGUAUGGGGUUUGUGGUGAGCAGGUGCUUGCGGUAUCUAGUGGGAUGUCAGCGCUAGAUGUCAUAUUGCGGUCGAUUUUAGGGUCUUACCAAGCCGGGAAGACUCCUGUGGUGAUAGCAGGCGAUGAUUUGUACGGGGGUACACAGAGGUUGUUGGGUAUUUUGGGGAUUCAGGGUCAUGUGAAGGUAUUGCAUGUGGAUACGUCGGAUGCAGCGCGGUUUGUGGAUGUGUUUCUGUCGCAGCGGAACGUUGCGUGCGUGCUUUUGGAGUCACCCACGAACCCUUUGAUGAAGGUUGCCGAUCUUCCGAAGCUUAUCAGUUUUGUGAAGUCGCAUCGCGGCGGUAGCGGAUGUAAAAUAGUGGUGGAUAAUACCAUGGUCUCAGGGAUUAACUGUAAUCCUUUAGAAUUGGGUGCGGAUCUGGUUUAUGAGUCUGCGACAAAGUUUUUAAACGGUCAUCAUGAUAUAAUGGCAGGGGUUAUAGUGGCGGCGUCGGUGGAGUUGGCUCAGGAUAUGUAUUUCAUUGUUAAUUCAAUGGGUGCUGGGUUGGCGCCAAUGGAUUCAUGGUUAUUGAUCCGUGGGUUGAAGACCCUUGGCGUAAGGAUGUACCAGCAACAGCAUAAUGCAAUGGUUCUAGCCCACUGGCUCCAGGAUAGUUGUGGCUUUGCGCCGACGGAGCAGAACAGCCAGCUUCGCACACGUUUCGUAGGGUUGAAGUCACAUCCUCAAUUCCACUUGCAUAGAAGUUUCAAUAGUGGGCCUGGUGCCGUGUUAUCUAUUGAAACUGGUGAUAUUGAAUUGUCGGAAAAGAUAGUUUGUUCAAAGAAGUUUAAGUACUGGAAUGUCACAGUGUCCUUUGGGUGUGUUAACUCUUUGAUUUCAAUGCCAUGCAAGAUGUCUCACGCGUCGAUUGAUCCAGAACUUCGUAAAGAUCGGAAAUUCCCUGAAGACUUGAUUCGCAUUUGUUGCGGUAUAGAGGACGUUUCAGACUUGCAAUGGGAUUUGCUAGGAGCCUUCGAAGAUGUUGGACUACUUGAACUUCGGGAUAACAGAAAUACGAUUUUCAAUAAGUUAAACGGGCACCUAGCCAAGAAUACCAUUGGCCAAACUGUUUAUAACAAAAACAUAUAUGAUGCCUUUUUCGGAGAGAAAAUAGCAAAUGCACCUGGCGCUGUAUAUUGUAGUGCUAAAUUAUAG